CGUACAGGCAGCUUAGCAACGCCUGCCUCCGAAACCUCCUUCCCGACACACAACCCGCGCCAACUCACCGCCGCCAGCGCUCAAAGCAACCUCGCAACUCAACCUCGCAAUGCUGACAUACAGCCUGCCGCGCGCGGUUCCGCGCAGCCGCACCAGCUCCUCGGCCGGCUACAGCCGCGGCGCUCGCAGCGGCAGUAGCCUCACGCCUGCUCGCUGCCGGCGGGCCGCAGCAGCCGUUGCGACGCCGCGCGCUUUCCGCGAGGGCAGUACUCCUGAGUCACAGCAGACACCCAUGCCGCUUGAUGCGCAGUUUCAGGCCGGGCAGGGGAGCCGUCUGUCGCGGCGCGGCAUGGCCGUCGCGGAGAAGAAGGCCAAGCUGGCGCCCUGGCGGCACGACGUGGGGCCCCUGGGACCCCGUGAGAUCGACAUCCGCGUCACGCACAACGGUCUGUGCCACACGGAUAUCCACAUGCGGGACGACGACUGGGGCGUGUCCAAGUUUCCAUUCAUCCCCGGCCACGAGGUGGUGGGCGUGGUGGUGGCUGUGGGCGAGGGAGUGCCCAAGGACGGCCUGCGCCCCGGCGACCGCGCGGGAGUGGGCUGGAUCAGCGGCUCCUGCCGCACCUGCGCCGCCUGCCUGCGCGGCGAGGAGAACGUGUGCGAGAGCGGUUACACCGGACUCAUCGUCAACGGCAACCACGGCGGCUUCCAGGAUGUGUGCCGUGUGGAUUCCGACUUCGCCUACAAGAUACCGCCCGGCCUGGACUCGGCCGCCGCCGCGCCGCUGCUGUGCGCCGGCAUCACCGUGUACUCGCCACUGAGGCGCCACAUGACGCGGCCCGGCAUGCGAGUGGGGGUGCUGGGUGUGGGCGGGCUGGGCCACCUGGCGCUGCAGUUCGCGGCGCGGAUGGGCGCAGACGUCACGGCGCUGGACGUGGCGCCGGACAAGGAGCGCGAGGCCCGGUCUCUGGGCGCACACCGGUUCGCCACCUGGAACACGGCCACCGGGGACAAGGGCAUGCAGGGCCACUUCGACCUGCUGCUCAACUGCGCCAGCGCCAAGAUAGACGCCGGCCAGCUCAUGAGCCUGCUCAAGAACAACGGCACCGUGGUGCAGGUGGGCAUCCCGGGCGGCCAGCCUCUGCUGCAGGUGCCGCUGCAGGACCUGGUGUUCGGCCAGAAGAAGGUGGCGGGCACCAUCGUGGGAGGCAGGGCAGACAUGCAGGAGAUGUUGGAGUUCUCCGCCAUCAACGGCGUCAAGCCCAUGCUGGAGAUAAUGCCGCUGUCCAAGGUGAAUGAGGCCAUGGACCACGUGGCCAGCGGCAAGGCCCGAUACCGCGUGGUGCUCACCAGUGACUGGCCCGAGACCCGCGGCGAGGGGCAGGAGGGCCAGCAGCAGUAGAAUUCAUCGGUUCCGGCCGGGGCGCGCUAGUGUUGGGCGGGUGUCGGCUGUGGUGGCAGCGGGGAAGGUAGCUGGGAAUGCAGGAUAGUGUUCGGCCAUGUCGCACGGACGGGAAAGACGUUGGUGCUCGCGGUUGUAGAUGUAAAGUGCCAAGUUGCAAGGGUUGGUACACGCGGGGCUCGAGUCCAGAGCCCUUGGGGGGAAUGGAAGGGCUACGGUCUGGGGUUUGGGGCGUGGGUUUGGGGUGUGGGGAAUCGGGCUCGGCGGAGGCGAAUUGAGCAGAAAAGUUGAUUUUAUAGACGUAUUCAUCAUUUGUAACAUAUCAGUCAU